GCGUAUUACGUCAUCAGUUUUAGUGAUGAUAAGUUCUCUACACGUUCCUGAAACUUGUAGGGCGGCGUCUACACCCGAUAUUGGGCCUGUUAUAUGUACAUUCAGUCAAUCACGUGCAAAAAGGUGUAUAUCUAACCAUGGAUUCGGGAAGGAAAAAACAAUUUAGGUUUUCAGAGCAAGACGACAUAAAACUUUUGAGAGAGGUUAUCAGCAGGAACCCUUUCAAAGAAAGGGGCAAAUGGGCAGAUAUUUCAUCAGUUAUGUCCCGGAAUAUCGAUGCACGAAGGGUUAGAGAAAGGACUCUUCUUCUUAUAGACCAAAGGAAGAAGUUUAACAGCUCCUCUCUCAAAAAAUCUGGUGUAGAUGAAACCUAUGGAGAGAAAGAAAUGCUUUUGGAUGAAAUAAUAGAAUUAGCGAACGAUGAAGAGGAGAAAAAAAGGGAAGAUAAAUCCAAAGCAGUAAAAGAAGAGAGCAUGUGCAAGAGUCUUCGUAAACGGGCACUCGAGAACCUGACACCAUCCAAAAGUGACGAGGACCAGCGAAAUAACAGUAAAAUGCCUAGAAAGUGUUCAAGUGUGAUAUCCUUUUUGAAAGAAAAAGCAGAGACGGAAAAACAAUCCAGAGAUGAGGAAUUUUCACUCCGUCGAGAGCAGCUAAAUUUGGAGAAGGAGCGGUUUGAACUGGAGAAACAGGAGAGGCUUCAAAGAUUGGAGACUGAAAAGCAGCAGACCACAAUGAUGUUAGAACUUUUCUCAAAAUGUUUAAAUAAAUAAAUGGAUUAUCUUAAGCAUUUACCUAGCUUUUCUCAAAAUAUUUAUAUAAUUUAUAUUUAAAUAGAUCAUCAUAGGAAUUAGCUAGCCAUGUAAUAAAAUACGAUGUAAAUGCUUAA